GACUACUGUUUCCUUACUGCAAUUGGGCUGUGAGUUGAAUUUUUUUAAAACUAGUCAAAUACUGCAUGCUCUUUUUAUAUAAGGUGUUAUUUGGAUGGCUGUGAAAGAAAAAGUAAGAAGAGAAUAAAGGGUCAUAUAUGGAGGAUGCCUUCAGAAGAUCUGGUCAUGGAGCUCUGCCCAAGGAAGAGAAACCACCUGGUGAUGAUCAUCAUGAAGCUGCCUGCAAAGAAGAGGUUCUUGCUAAGGUUGAAAGCAAAAGAGCAUACCAUGAGAGUAGUGAAGAUCUGAAAUCAUGUUUACAUGAUAAAGAUUUAAGCUUGACCAAGCAGGUACUUCUUGCAAAUGAUAAGAAGGAAAGAUCCACUAUGGAAUCUGAUUCAAAAGCAUCUUCUUCCAGCCAAAAGGAACAGGAUAAUUGGCUUGAAUCAGCCAGAGCUGAAAUGGGAGAGGUGAGAGAAGAAAAUCAAAGGCUGAAAAUGUGCUUGGGUCAAAUGAUGAAGGAUUACCAGGCCCUUCAAAUGAAAUUCCAUGACAUUAUGCAACAAGAAGAAACAAAGAAAUCUACCUCUGCAGUUGAUAACAAUCAUCAAGCAGUUGAAGAACCCGAGCUUGUUUCCCUUAGCCUAGGGAGAUUUUCAAGUGAAUCUAAAAGGGAUGGAAAGAGCAAAACUAACAGCCAUGGGAAAGACGAAGACGAUGAGAAAGCUAAUAAUGAAGGUGAUCUAUCUCUUGGACUAGACUGCAAGUUUCAAGUGUCCAAAUUUCAUAAUGCAAAUGAAGCUUUGCCAAAACCAAUAAGCCCUGUGAACAGUGAAGAUCAACCAAAGGAAGAAGCUGGAGAGACUUGGCCGCCACUAAAGGUUCUCAAGACAGUACCAAGUGAAGGAGACGAUGAAGUUGUGCAACAGAGCCCUCAAAAGAAAGCUAGGGUUUGUGUGAAAGCUAGAUGUGAUACCCCAACGAUGAAUGAUGGAUGCCAAUGGAGGAAAUAUGGACAGAAAAUUGCAAAAGGAAACCCAUGCCCACGAGCAUACUAUCGUUGCACUGUUGGAUCAUCUUGCCCAGUAAGGAAACAGGUUCAAAGAUGUGCCCAGGAUUUGUCCAUUUUAAACACCACCUAUGAAGGAACGCACAACCACCCACUUCCUCUUUCAGCCACGGCUAUGGCCUCCACCACUUCUGCUGCUGCUUCAAUGCUGUUGUCUGGGUCAUCAUCAUCGAGUUCUCAAGCCGGCCCCAACCCAUCAGCCACCUCCAGCACCACUGCUGCUGACCUUCAUGGACUAAACUUUUAUCCAUCCGAUAACUCAAAUUCAAAGCAAUUCUACCUACACAACUCUUCACUUUCAGCUUCACCAUUGCACCCAACAAUCACUCUUGACCUAAUUUCAAACCCAUCUUCAUCUCAAUUCAAUAGAUUUUCUUCAAGCUAUGCUCCUAUUCCAAAAUUCGCUCCCACUAGUCUUAACUUCAGCUCUUCUGAAUCUAAUGCGGUGCCCUGGGGCAAUGGGCUCCUCAUACAUGGUAGUACGUCUCAACCCUACAACAGAAACCAACUUGGAACUUUAAACCUAGGUGGUAGAUCACCCAUGGAAAGUAGCCAUUUUCAACCCUACGUGCAGAAGAAAACCCCAGCUACUCAUCAGCAGCCAUUACCAGAUACUAUAGCCGCCGCAACCAAGGCAAUCACAGCAGAACCGAGUUUCCAAUCAGCUUUAGCAGCUGCUCUCACAUCUAUCAUUGGUAACGGCAGUGGCGGCAGAAGUGGUGGUGCAAAUGUGAGCGGAGUGGAUUACUUAGCCCAGAAGUUGAAGUGGGGAGAGCACUUUCCUGUGGCUAGUGGCUGCUCUUACUCAUCGUCACCAACACCUAAAGGCAAUGAUAUUGCAUGUGCAGCAAGCUACUUGAACAAAACGACUUCAGCAAAUUCUCAACCUGGUACUAUGUUUCUGCCAUCUUCAUUACCUUUCUCUUCCCCUAAGAGUGCGUCUGCAUCUUCUGGGGACAAAAGAGACCACUCUAGUUAAUACUUUAAUUUGUUUGAAUUUUGUUUUGUGUUAAUAACCAGUAAUAAUAAUAUAUGAGGAUUUUUUUUUUCUUGCGUGGGUAACAGCAAGCAAGGGAAUUUUGAAUAA